AUGCAGGGUAAAUGUCAAUGUCAAGGUAAUAUAGUAAAAUGUGAAGAUCUUGACCAGAUAGUGCCACAGACUGGAGGCAGUGCCUUUCUACGAUUAGAAGUUAGAAACAGUAACUUAACAAUUAACGAUACUUCAUUUACUAACUGGGGGCUCACUGAAGUUCUUCUUGAAAAUUGUCAGCUUACGGAUUAUAGCCUUCGUUAUGGCUCUUUCGGUGGUUUGGAAAAUAGUUUAAGAUUAUUAAGUUUAAAAGAUAAUGACUUAACUAUACUCCCACGAUCGUUGUCAAAACUUACAAACAUAGAAACCCUGGACGUUUCUGGAAAUCCAAUCCGUUACUAUAACUUUAACGAAAAUAUCUUACGUGAUAUAGGAGAUACUUUAUUAUCAUUUUCAUUCGGAACAAAAAUCGGUGGAACUGAACUUACUAGAUGGCCAACAACGUUGACACAUCUGGUAAAAUUACAGGAGCUUAUACUUACUGCUGCAGACAUUACAAUCAUGCCAAUCCGUUCAUUUCAUGGAUUUGAAGGAACAUUGCUUCGACUGACAUUAGCAAACACCAAACUUCGAUCUGUACCGUUGGCUAUUUCUAGACUCCGAUAUCUUCAAGAUUUGCAUUUUGACCAUAACCAGGAGGUAGGAGAUUAUGGAGUUCGGAUCCCUCUCAUUAAAGGUUUUCUACCAUUUCUCAAUCAAAUGUCACUCAAAGAUGACAAUAUCACAACAUUUCCAGAAGUUCUACAAAGUUUUGAUCGACUUGAUCAACUUAACAUGGACGAAAACAACUUAAAAUUCGUAAGUGACAAAUCGGCAAAAGCUGUUACCCAAAUUACCAGCCUUAGUCUCCAACAUUCUGGAAUAACCCGGAUUCCGGGAGCUAUCCAGGACAUUACAUACCUAAACAUUUUAGAUCUGUCAAACAACAGUAUACAUGCAAUAGAAACAAAUGACCUAAAGGAGUCAGCCGAGCUUCUAACCUUGAAAAUGAAUAACAACCCUAUUUUAUACAUUUCCGACAAAGCGUUCAUUAAUCAAACAAAGCUUCGCCGACUUGAACUGAAAGGUAUCCAGAUUAAACGGGUACCAUGUGCGUUAGAGGCUAUGAUUCGGAGACACCAACCCGGAUACAUUAUUGUUGAUUUGUCAAACAAUAAAAUUGAAUGCAAUUGUGGACUCAAAUGGCUAUUUGAUGUUAAAAAUGACAGACAUACUCGCACACGUUUCAGAAUUGUAGGAAAUUGUGACACUGUGGCAAAAUCAAUUCAGGAUUAUUUGGAUACAGAUCUAGCGGCUUGUCCUUCCGGUAUAAACUGCGCCGACUCUUAA